AUGCCCCGAUGGGGAAGACCACCGGGGGCACGAAAAGGGAGACACAACGGAGGAGGUGGGCAGUGGCAGGAAGAGAUGGCACGCGUGGAGGAGGUCGAGACGGACGAGGACGAGUAUGGACGGCAACUGGUGCGAAACGGCCGUGCGGCGUACAUGCGGCAAUUGGAAUACGGAGGACGAGGACCCCGCAGGCGGCAGGACUAUGAAGAUUUGACCGACGAGGCCGAAUCUGUUGACGGGGGUGACUACGAUUUAUACGAUCACGAAGAUAGCACCGUGGCCUACGCGGUACAACUGGCCAUGCGAGACAAGGAGGAUCAACUGGUGGACAAGGCGCUGGAGCGAAUUCGUCGCGCGCAGAUGUUGGGGAAGAAGAAUGUCCGGUUAUCACAGCGCGAGCUGGAUGCCCUGGAGCGCAGGCGCCAGCAGACGGACGAUUCUCGCGCGGCCCGUCGGCCCAAGCAGACUAGGAGUGCAGCCAACGUUCGGCCGCCAUCUCGACGGAAAUCGGGGGGCCCGCCAGAACAACCACCGGGACCCCCACCGGGACCGUAUCCUCCAUUUGCAUUUGGAGUCGACCCUGCCUGGAAUCGAGGCGCAGGUGCAACCCACGGGCGGCCUUCGAGCUCGUCUUCUGCGAAUCGCCCGCGGACGCCGACCAUGCAGUCACUACGCCCACAGCAGUCUAACUCUCCGCUUCGACCGGGGUAUCCGGCCUUUCCCGAGCGUUUCCCUUCCAACGGCCGCCCGCAGUCGAUGCAGCCGGUGAACCCACGACCGCUACCGGACGAUCCCCAAUGGGCACCGCCGUAUUACAACCCCCUGCAAGUGAGUCCGUUCGCGGAGCAGGCCCCAUACCAACCCCAGCUUCCCAAUGAUCUUCGAGUCGGGCCUCAGGGUCGAAUGAGCUAUCCCGCCGGGAUGCCACCGAUUCAAGCCCAGCAUCGCCAGCCUGUCCAUCCCGUGGGGGCACCGCAACAGCGAAACCGACAGGUGCCUUCCUCGUCGGAUUCAGAAUCCAGUGAGGAGGAUGAGGAGAGUGAGGAAAGCAGUGAGGAGGAGGAGGAUGUACAGAUCGUGCGGGUUGUGGAGCGCCAGGGUCCACCGGGUCCCCAGAGGCGGAACGUUUCUGGGGGCACACGACCUCGACCACGACGCAGUCGAUGA